UUAUUGAAAUCAAAGCAACGUAGUGCAUUGAUUUUUUGGAAUUAAACUAGUGCCGUGUUAACGUGAUUGGCAUAAUCAGAUAACUAUAAUAUAUCCUUGAUUUUUACUUAUCCUUGAUUAUUAAGUAUCCUUGGUAACUUAUUUCAUUGGUUAUACAUGAUUGAUAAUUGCAUUUUCUUGAUUAAACCUCCUUCAUCAUUACAUAUACAUAUAGAUCGUUUUUCCGACUUUGUAAAUAGUAGCGUAACCGCCAUCUUCUAAUCCUUGAAUAUAAUAACUAUAUCCUAAGUUUUUAAUAUGUAUAUCCUUGAUUAUUAUAUAUCCUUAAAUAUUUAUACAUGGUUGUUGCAUAUCUGAUAAUUACCUAUAAAAGCCAAUUCCAUGAACUCGACGUUUUACUGUAAGUUGUAGAAUAUGUCUUUGAAACUUUCAGGAAAACCAUGUCCAGAUGACUGGUUAAAAACUUCAUCGUCUUGUUACUAUUUUAGCACAGAUUCUAAAAACUGGACGGAUGCUUUGGAAGCCUGCAAAGCAUUUGAUAGUAAACUUGUUGAGAUAUCAGAUAUUGAUGAAGACAAUAUAAUGAGAACCAAGGCAAGGAACGUAUAUAGUAACUAUUGGAUCGGAUUAACAGAUCAAAGAGAUGAAGGCGUGUGGAUUUGGAGCGGGAGUAAUACUCGGCUAACAUCAGAAAUGUACACGAACUGGUCACCUGGGCAACCCGAUGACGCCAGGGGGCGUGGUGAAGAUUGUGCUUCUUUAGAAAAACGUUACUCAUUUCGCUGGAAUGACGAGGAAUGUUAUAUGAAAUUAAGAUACGUCUGUGAAAUAAAUUUGCCCAAGAGUUAAAGUGACCAUAAGUUCAUCCCAGGAAUAGUGAGAAAGACAAAAUGUCAAUAGCUAUUCGGACCUUUGUGGAGCUUCUUUCUUUUAAAGCUGCACGCUUCCAGAUUAGCCAAAUUAUCUUUAAAAAUCUAUCUAAGACUUUU